AUGUCGGGAGACGCAAGUACGUAUACGAUUGAAGCAACGUUUUGUCUUCAAACUCUAUGUACUUGUUUAUCAACAACGAUUGGUCAAUACGUCUAUAGUUAUUAUCUUCAAACAUAUCCCGUUCCGCCGAAUAGUACAGUGAAUUUUACGACGAUUCGUCCGUUUUCGUUGUCGAGGUAUAAUGAACAACAUGCUAAAUGUGUAGAAGGUGAUGUUACUCCAGAAUAUGAUGCUCAAGCGUGGGCACAGGAAAAGUCUGCUGAUCUUUUCUUCUGGACGACUUUGAUUAGUAGCUGUCCGAUUAUUAUUAUGACUUAUCUUCUUGGUUUAUAUACGCCGCAAUUGGGCAAACGAUUCGUUUUGAUUUUACCCAUGUUUGGUGCACUUAUUCAAUUUGCUAUUUGGUUAGCUAUUAUUUAUUUUAAUCUGACAGAAUACUGGUGGUAUAUUGCCGCAUUUAUUAAUGGAUUUUCUGGUUCCAGUAGUGUACUAAGUUUUAUAUUAACAUUAAUUGUAACUGAUAAUACGCCUGAAAGUAAUUUAUCUUCACGUUUUGUGCGUAUCGGUGCGAUGCAAACAGCAUUAGCAGCGUGUGGAACAUUUGGUAUUGGGUAUUAUAUCGAAUGGCGUGGUUACACUGAUCUGUAUUGGAUGGGUCUCGGGAUAGAAUUCUUGGCAAUUCUAAUCGCUAUUUUUCUAUUUAAAUCUUCCAGUUCUUCAACUGUCUCUGAGCGAACACCAUUGUUAAAUUCAUCUGCUAAUGGAGAAGAAUUCAAAGAGCUUUCAACAACAACCUGCAGUAAUUUUUUUCAAGUUUGCACAGUCUUCCGACUAAAUCGACGGACACAGAAAAAAUCCAUUAGUCUAUUUCUAACGUUAUUCUCAUAUAUAUUUUACACAUUGGCGUCGGCGACAUUCGCGCCAUUUCUGUGGUUUCUACUCAAUGAACCAUUCUGUUGGACAGCGAAAAACAUCGGAAAUUAUUCCGCACUUGCUUCUAUUUCAUACGCCGUACUAAGUGUUCUUGGUAUGCAAGCAUUGACAAAUGCUGGUGGUAGUGAUGCAAUGAUCUGUUUUAUUAGUAAUCUUUUCUUUUGUGCUUCAACUUUAUGGCUAGCUUUUGCUCGUCAUAACUGGGAAUUAUAUGCUGGAUUGUUACUCAGUGCCUUCUCCGGUUAUCAAGGUUCGUUGUCAACAUCGAUGAUGUCGAAAUGGUUACAACCACAUGAGCGUUCAAAUGCUCUGACAUUUGUAACAGAAAUGAAUACGAUUAUGACUACAUUUGGUACAGCAUUGUUCAAUUGGGUUUAUGCCCGGACAGUCGUUAAUUUUCGAAGUUUUACUUUCUUCAUCGGUGCUGGCCUAUGUCUUAUUCCGUGUGUAUUGAAUUUUUGUCUUUUUCUCGUUACACGGAAAAUGUCCGAUGAGGAUGUACCACCGCCACCUCUAUCUGAAACCGAGAUAGAACCAGCGCCCUUACGUUUAGCAAACAAUGGACCACCACAUGCAGGCGACGCUACUUGCAUUGUAAUUCCGUCUCGCUCAUUAACUUCAUCUUUACGUACGCCAGUUCUUGAGAGAUCUCGAAAUAACUCCGCACAUGAUGAUGAAAGCGAAGAAGUACCGAGUGUGAUAACAGAUGAUCUGGUUAUUCUUUGA